AUGAGGUAUCUCACAGCGGCUGGAUACUUCUUCCUUUGGAUUGCUACUACACUUUCAUUCCCCGUCAAUGAUCAACUUGUGCAGCGUACGCAUCCAUUACCUCCCACAGAUGACCCCUUUUAUGUGCCGCCAACAGGCCUCGAGGAUUUUCAGCCGGGAACAAUCUUACGCAGCAGAUCAAUAGGUGCUCUUGCAUUCGUGGGUCCUGUGCCAUUCCGAGCCAAAGCCACAUAUCAACUUCUGUAUAAAACGACGGAUAGCUUGGGUAAUGCCUCAGCAGCAGUUACUACGAUCGUUGUGCCAUACAAUGCAAAUGUAUCAAGAGUGCUUUCAUACCAAUUUGCAACAGAUGCUGCAUGGGCUAAUUGCGCACCAUCUUACGCAAUACAGUUAGGGUCCAAUCCCGAUAGUGGAGGUAUUGGUAGUAUUGAGACUCUGCACGUCAUCGCUGCUCUCGAUCAAGGUUGGAUAGUCAACCUUCCUGAUUACGAGGGCCUUAAGGCUGCUUUCGUAUCUGGUUUACAAGCCGGCAGGGCGACGCUCGAUUCUGUUCGUGCAGCUCUGUCGUCUGGGGAUUUGACUAGCAUUUCACCUGAAGCCGAGUAUCAAAUGUGGGGUUAUUCCGGAGGAUCUUUGGCUUCUGAAUGGGCGGCAGAGCUUCAACCUUCCUACGCGCCAGAGCUUAGCUUUAAGGGAACUGCUAUAGGUGGUCUUGUGCCAAACAUCACAUCUGUGCUACUCUCCACCAACAAAAGUUUCUUCACUGGUCUGAUUCCCGCUGGAAUUAUCGGCCUCACGAAUGCUUACCCGAAACUCAAAGAGUUUGUCCAUGAACACGUCUUGCCAUCAAAAGCUUCUGAUUUCUACAGAGCAUCCUCUCAAUGCUUCUUCAAUAAUACAUCGACCUAUAAGGAUCAGGACAUAAGCUCGUAUUUAGACAGCGACAUAGUUUCUUUCCUCUCCGAUUAUCCAAGAGAGGUUUUAGAUAUUACUGGACAAAUGGGUAUACAUGGCACCCCAGAGAUGCCAAUAUUCCUAUACAAAGCUAUUAAAGACCAGGUUUCAGUAAUUGAAGAUACGGACGCAGUUUUCAACAAGCUCUGCUCUCAGGGUGCCAAUAUCGAAUAUGUUCGAGAUAUGCUUGGGGAACAUAAUACUGAAGCAAUCACUACCGCCGGUGAUGCGUUUCUCUUUCUCAUCGAUAGAUUCAAUGGUGUUGCUGCGAAAUCCGGCUGCACUAGUAGCGAUGUCUUGACGACUCUUAUUAAUCCCAGGGCUAUUGCGGCGAUGGGAACUAUGGUUGCUGAUGCACUGUUGGCUUUACUGCAAGCCCCUGUUGGUCCUUGGGGUAUUUUUGGACCGUGGGCAGCGCUUGCUUGA